CUGAAAUCAUUGAAUUUUUGAGGUGGAGUUAGGAACAGAAUCAGAAAUAUGAACAGAUCUGUAACUACUAUGAUGACUGUUUUACGGAUUUUAUUUCCUCUUCAUUCUGGUUAGCUGCUCAAGGCUGUUAGUAAGAUUUAUUAGGGUAGCUGCUAGGGUGAAGUUUUCGUGGGAGUUAAACUAUAUCCAAUGAGCAAUACCGGGUAUUCGACACAGAUUAACUUCACUGAAAACUAUUUCCUUAACAUUGUAUACAUAAAGAUUUGGCCAGUUCUGUUGAUUGGAUGUCUUGUGAAGAAAUUAUCUCAAUUGCUGAUGAUCGAGCAGUUAAAUGUUGGAAUUUGUCAUCACAGCAGGUAGUGGACCUGUUUAACCUGCCAGGAAAUGUGUUUCCUACUGAUAUGGAUUGGCUUCCCAAACAAAAAGGAAAGACCACUCCGAAAGCUACUUCAGCGAAUGAAAUAUUCCUGCUUGGAGGAACAGACGGUAAAAAUUCUCUGUGAUAUUAUAAAUCAAACAGGCAAAUGCCACAUUGUUUCAAAAGGGGGAAGAAUAGAACGAACAUCAGAUGCUCAUCAGGGUGCUGUUUUAUCAGUGAAAUGGAAUUAUGAUGGAACAUCCUUUGCUACUUCUGGGGAAGAUGGCCAAAUAAAAAUUUGGUCCCGAAGUGGUAUGCUGAGAUCUACUCUGUGUCAACAUGGUUUCCCAAUUUAUUCAAUUGCUUGGGGAACUAAUUCAAGCGUAAUGCUAUUUUCCCUCGACAGACAGUUGGUAAUACAGUCCUUGCAAGCGAAUGCUAAGCCUUUUGCAUGGAAAGCUCAUGAUGGUGUUAUCCUAAAAGUUGGUUGGAAUACAAUAUGUGACCUCUUGAUUUCUGGUUCAGAGGAUUGCAAAUAUAAGGUGUGGGACAGUUUCGGAAGACUUUUGUAUUCAAGUUCACCUUUUGAAUAUCCGAUUACUUCACUUUCACGGUCUCCGGAUGGUCAAAUGUUUGCGGUAGGAACAUAUACAACCGUCGUAUUAUGUGACAAGCUUGGAUGGAUGUAUAACUUGGAGAAAACACAAACUGGUAGUAUAUUAAGCAUAAAAUGGUCCUCUGAUGGUACACAAAUAGCCUGUGCUGGUGGAAAUGGUCGAAUAGUUAAUGGACAGAUUAUAAAUAGACGUACUGAAUGGAAUGGUUAUGAGGCAUGUGUAAUAGAUGAAAAAACAGUUGUCGUAAAUAAUCUACACAAUGAAUCCAUUGAACGAUUGGAAUUUCGUGAUCGUGUAUCAAAAAUGUCAUUCGGUUAUAAUUAUUUGAUUGUAGUUACAAUUACACAAUGUUAUGUUUACAAUAUAAAGAAUUUUAAUACGCCUGCAAUUAUGGAUCUCAAGGAGUGCAAUGUGACCUGUAUUGCCCAAUGUCAAAAAUACUUUGCAUUGGCUGAUGGAUCCAGUGUUUAUGUGUAUAAUUAUGAUUUACGCCUUGUCUGUUCACCGAAACAUGCUAAUCUGCAUACAGAUCAGCUAUACAGUGAUUCUUUGACAAUCAGUAAUGAUGCUAUUGCAAUUAAAGAUAAAUUAGAUGAAAAAGUUAUUUAUCUAUUUGACACAUCAAGUGGAAAAGCACUAGGCGAUGGAAAACCAAUUGUACAUUCGAAUGAAAUUCUUAAAAUCAGUUUAAAUCAAUUGGGUAAUUCAUUUGAUCGUCGAUUGGCUGUACUGGACAAGAAUAAAGAUCUUUAUCAAAUGUCUAUUAGAACACUUGGUAAUCAAAGAAAGACCAUAAAAUUAGGUACAAUUGUUACUUCAUUUGUAUGGGCUGAAACUUCGAAUGUAUUGGCAGCGAUAACAAAUGAUAAACUAGUUAUCUGGUUUUAUCCUGAUAUUGCUUCAACAGACAGUGAUAUAUUCAAUUUAACCCAAGAAGAACAUAAUAUCAGUGAUGAUUAUGGAAAACAAGCUGAGUUGAUCAAUUUUUAUCGUGAUCGAAUUAUGAUAAGACGUGCUGAUGGAACUAUUGUUUACUGUCCAGUGUCUAUUUAUCCUGAUAAACUGCAUCAAUUAAUUGGACAAAAUAAAUGGAAUGAAGCAUUGAGUUUAUGUUGGACAGUUAAGGAGAAAAUGCUUUGGGCAUGUUUAGCAGGAUUGGCGACAAAUGCUAAGUCUCUAGAUGUAGCUGAAAUUGCUUUUGCUCAAAUUGAAGAAAUCGAUAAAGUGGAAUAUAUAAGAUAUAUUAAAAGUUUGCCUACACCAGAAAUGAGAAAUGCUGAAAUGUUAUUGCUGUCAGGUGAAUAUCAAGAAGCUGAAGGUGUUCUGCUACAGAAUCAUUUAUAUUUUCGAGCCAUAAUGCUUAAUUUGCAUGCAUUCAAGUGGAACAGAGCACUUGAAUUGGCUAUCAAACAUGAUAUGGCUAUCGAUAUUGUUUUGUCGAUGCGACACGCCUAUUUGAAACAGCUUAAACGAUCUGAAGUAUUGAAUACAUUCAACUCACAACCAAAACAAGUCAUGCUAGACGAGUUAAAAUUAAAAGAAAGAAUUGACGAAGAAUAUUCAAGGGAGAUGAAACAAGUUCAAGAAUUAACCAGUGUACAAUCCAUGAAUUCAUCGAGAGCAUAA